AUGCUGUUGCUGAUUCUUUUCUUUGGAUUAUUACAACAUGGCAGAGCUGAUCGUCCAUGUGCUCCGAAAACGUACAAGUCUAGUGAUCAGAAUUUGGUAUGCGUAUGCAAUGCAACAUACUGUGAUGAUGUCGAGCCGUUAACUGGUAUUGAGAGUGGCAAGGCUGUCGUGUACGUAUCAUCACUGUCUGGAAAGCGUUUUGAGAAAUCGACGAUUCCGGUCACUAAGAAUGCAAAAACAGGCAGCGUCGACAUAACGGUUGAUGCCCGUCAACAGUUUCAGACAAUUAUUGGUUUUGGUGGUGCGUUCACAGACUCGGCUGGAAUCAAUCUUGCGUCGCUGAGCGAGCGAACGCGGAGGAAGUUGUUAGAAGCGUAUUUUAGUGAAAAUGGUAUCGAGUACAACCUUGGCAGAGUACCAAUUGCUAGCACUGACUUUUCCACGAGAGAGUAUAGCUAUGCGGAUACUGAAGGUGACAUGAAAAUGCAAGGAUUUUCCUUGGCUGAAGAAGACUUCGAUUACAAGAUUCCGUACAUUUUGGCAGCAAUGAAUCUCACCGGUGGCAAAAUAAAGCUGUUUGCAUCACCAUGGAGUGCACCAGGUUGGAUGAAAACAAAUGGUCGUAUGAAGGGUGGAGGAAGUUUGAAGGGUGAGGUAAAUGGAAAGUAUUAUCAGUCGUAUAGCACCUACCUUGUCAGAUUUUUCGAAGAAUAUGCGACGAAUGGUGUACCAUUCUGGGGCAUGACGCUGCAGAAUGAGCCCACAUCUGGUGCAUUUCCAUUUUAUGGAUGGCAAACCAUGUUUUUCUCGGCUAGUAUGCAACGGGAUUUCGUGAAAGGUGUGCUUGGACCCAUGUUUAAAAACAAUGGAGUGACAAAAAAUUUAAAACUGAUUGCGCUGGACGACAAUCGACUGUCGUUACCUGUGUGGGCGGACAUAAUCUAUGACGAUCCAGAAGCAGCAAAGUAUGUAGAUGGAAUUGGGAUUCACUGGUACCUGAAUUUCCUCAUGCCGGCUAAAGUGCUCACAACAACAUAUACAAGGCAUCCAGAGAAAUUUUUACUUGCCACGGAAGCUUGUGCAGGAUCCACCAUAAUUCGUGGUCCAAUCAUGGGAGAUUGGUACAGAGCAGAAGAGUAUGCUGAUGAUAUCAUUACGGACCUGAACAAUUUUGUAUCCGGGUGGACGGACUGGAACAUUUGCCUCGAUGAACAGGGUGGUCCCAAUUGGGUUAGCAAUUUUGUGGAUUCACCUAUUAUUGUCAACGCCACAGCUGAUGAGUUCUACAAACAGCCCAUGUUCUAUGCUCUGGGACAUUUCAGUAAAUUUAUCAAAACGGAUUCUGUGCGGAUAGCCACGAAAAUCGAAGGCAAGCGGGAUAUUCUUGUGACUGCUUUGGAUUUCCAAGGUCGAAGAACCUUGGUAAUCCUCAACCAACGUAAUACUUCACGAGACGUGUCGAUCAAUGACUUCGCGACAGGACAUCACCUUCAUCUCACCGUCGACUCACACUCAAUCACUACUGUAUUGUGGGAUAAGCAAUGA